UUUAGAAAAUUUAUAUAAAAAUUGCAAUUUGAUUCAUUCCGGACUUACAAGUAGCUACCAGUUGCAUGAAACAUGAAGUAUUUACUUUAUUUUGGACUGAUCAUUGCAGCUCUACUAAGCGAUAUUGCUGGUAAACAACAAGACAUUUCUACAAAUUGCGUAGAUGAUGAUAAUGAUAAUGGUAACAUUCAGGAUGGCAGUAACAACAAUCCUAGUGGAUACAUAUUCACAAGCCCCAGAUCCUUAAAAAAUGGCGGGAAUAAUGAAUUAAACCUCAGACGAUUUGGAAACUUAGACGGAGGUAAUCUUCAAGUUCAAGUCUUCUACAGGAACGAUUACAACUCAGAGAAUGAAACAGUUGCUGCCUCCGAAGAUUUUGAAAUUCCAGAAGGAGAAGAGGAAUCGAUACUGAAUCUUUAUCUGAAAAUAUCCGAUGAUAAUUAUUUUAAUGGCCGAAUUCAAAUAAAUGGCAGUUUCGGUGAUUAUGAAAUAUCGGGAAGUGACAGCGUUUCAUUCUCGAAAGGAAAGAAAAGCAUAAUUAUUAUCCAGACUGAUAAACCUUUAUACAAGCCUGGAGAAACAGUAAAAUUCAGAGUACUAAAAGUGAACAAGUUUUUAAAGCCUACCGAGAAAAACAAUAGUGCUGAGGUGUAUGUCGAAGAUGCCAAAGGAACCCGUCUGUUUCAAUUUGAAAACUUAGAUCUGCAAAAAGGACUUGUUCAAAGAGAUUUUCCUUUGUCUGAUGAGCCUGUUUUGGGAAGAUGGUCAAUUAAAGUUAAAAAUGGAGACUCAGAAGAAUCAACGAAUUUUGAAGUAAAAGAAUAUGUUCUACCAAAAUUUGAAGUAAAAAUCAAAUUUCCCUCAUUCGUACUGGCAAAUGCAGAAAUAAUUCCGGUUGAGAUUUGUGCGAAUUAUACUUACGGGAAACCAGUUAAAGGAGUACUGAACCUAAAUGCAUCUUUCGAACGAUACUAUUAUGAGAGAGAUAACAAAGAGAAUAAAUAUCCCAUUUUGAUGGAGACAGUUAAUCUCGAUGGCUGCUAUACAUAUGAUUUGAAUGUAACGAAGAUUCAAAGUGAUCAAUCAUAUUAUAACUACAGACGGAUCGAGGUUGCGGCUAAAGUUCAAGAAGAAGGAACAGGUGUAGAAAAAACUGAUACGCAGUACCUAUAUCGCCAAACGUCACCAUUGAGUCUAUCUUUCAUCGAUAGUCUGAACUACUACAAACCUGGCUUGCCAUACAAUGGAAAAUUAAAAGUGUCAAAUCCGGAUAACAGCGUUGCAGCUGAGGAGCCAAUAGAGAUAUGCGUUACAAUAAACAAAAAGCGUAUUCUUGCGGACUGGUGGGCAACUAAAACAAUCAAAGUGUGCAGAAACUACACUUCAUCUGAAGAAGGAUUGAUUUCAUACACUAUUUUACCACAAAACGUGGAUGUCAUUUCGAUGAACUUGGAUGCAAAAUCCUUGAAAUAUGCUCCUGACGACACUGGUGGACCAAAUGUUCUAAGCCAACCCCAAACAAGCAGUUAUUUGAGCCCGUUCUUUUCACCCUCUAGUAGCUUCAUUCAAAUUCAGCCAAUUCAUCAACCAGUUGAAUGUGGCUCAAAACAAACUUUAAAAUUAUUAUUCACAGCUAAAGAAGACGCGGACUUCAAGUUUUAUUACCAGGUUUCGCGGCAAUCAAAAAUUGUCCUUGAAGAUUAUGUGGAGACUCACUUUUCGUCAGAAAAAGAUGUUUCCAGCCAGUACGAAGAUGAAGAUAAAAUCAUUGAUGGUGAUGAAGUCCAACUAGAUCCUCCUAAAGAAUCCGUACCAAAGUCGUCGGUAGAUAAGUGUCCAGAAGCCCAAGAAAGUCGAUAUUUGCCACCACUUGGAGAAAUUAAUAUAGCCAUAGAUGCAGAUAUCACAUUAUCACCAACUAUUUACGUGCUUGUUUACUACGUUAGGGAUGAUGGCGAAGUAGUAGCGGAUUCAAUGAAAAUCGAUAUUGAAAACUGUUUCAAAAAUAAGGUUGAUUUUGCGUUUGGCUAUGAUGCGCAACAGCCAGGUGCAGAGACACCAGUUACAAUAAAAGCUGGAGCUAAUUCCUUAUGUGGCAUUAAAGCAGUGGACAAGAGUGUCCUUUUGUUGGACAACAGUGACCAGCUCACAAAAGAAAAGGUUUUCCAAAUGGUUGCAAAUUUUGAUUCUAAUCAAUAUUACCCAAGUAAUCCAUGCUAUCGUAGCAAAGUACAGCCAGGCUUAGAAAAUGCAGCAGUUCAAAAACUGUUUAUACCAUUUCCACCAGUCGGAAGUUCAUCAAAUUAUGAAGAUUCUCUAUCAGCGUUUCAGACCUCUGGAUUGCUAGUUAUUAGUGAUUUGUACGUAUUUACUCGACCAUGUGAAACUGGUUUCAGGGGUGGGCCGGGAGGACGUCCUAUUUUGCUCCAAAGUAAAGGUAACUUACACAGAAAAGCUUUUGCGACAACUCCAGGAAUAAUUCAGGCUGACAUAAUUUCUAACGUUCGUAUAGGAUCAGGCACAUCCUCACUUCAAUCAAUCUCAGAUGUAAGAAAUAAUUUCCCAGAAACAUGGUUAUUUGAUUUAGAGAUGACAAAUGAGGAUGGAGUGUUCGAGAAAGAUUUCAAGCUGCCGGACACAAUAACGAAAUGGGUAGGAAGUGCUGUGUGUGUCAACAGUGAAGACGGUUUGGGAAUAUCAAAUACAACGAGCAUAACUGCUUUCCAAGCAUUUUUCAUAGACUAUACUCUUCCAAUUUCAGUUAUCAGAGGAGAAGAAUUCGUUGUAGUUGUUUCCAUUUCCAGUUAUACUGAAGGAGCUUUGCCAAUCACAGUAACAUUGGAAGACCCUGAAGGAUUCGAAGUUGUGGGUGAUUCUAUUAAUGGUGAUAUCUGUGUCCAUCCAGAUUCCAGUGUGAAUUUACCUAUUACACUGAAAGCAACCAAAGUCGGUAAAGUUCAAAUCAUCGUCAAAGCUGAAACAGCACAGUCUAGUCAGGUUUGCGGAGAUUCUCCAACAUCGGACUCUUAUGCAAGAGACGCAAUUAUGAAACCAAUCGAAGUCGAAGCUGAAGGUUUCUUCAAUGACAAUGUAAUCAACACUCUAUUCUGUCCCUCAGAUAAUGAUGACAACUCGUUUGAAACGUCAAUUACCCUCAGUUUGCCCAAUGAUGUAGUUCCUGAUUCUUCUAGAGCAUACAUGGAUUUUACUGGAAAUGUACUGGGGCCAGCAAUAAACAAUUUGAACAAUCUCGUUUCUUUGCCAACCGGAUGUGGUGAACAGAAUAUGGUGAAAUUCACGCCCAAUUACCUGGUACUAGACUACUUACAAGAUAUUGGCAUGUUGACCGAUGACAUUAAAAAUAAAGCAAUCAGGAAUCUAAACACAGGGUACCAACGAGAACUCAGGUACCGCCACAAUGACGGUUCUUUUAGUGCCUUUGGAGAAACAGAUAGAGAAGGAAGCAUGUUCUUAACAGCUUUUGUACUUCGUUCAUUUUACGAAGCAAAGAGAUACAUCUACAUCGAUGAUAACCUCAUAAAACAGAUGCAAGAAUGGAUCGUUUCUAAACAAUCAACCAAUGGUUGCUUCCCGAACAUUGGUCGCAUCGUAGACAUCGGCUUACAAGGUGGUGUUAGAGAUGAAAAUUCCUCCGGCAGUAUUACAGCUUAUGUCCUGGCUUCACUUCUUAUUGCAAAUUAUAACAAUAAGACUAUUAUAAACGAUGCAUUCAGUUGUCUUAAAGAUUAUCCACCCACGAACCCAUACGGUGAAUUUUUGUAUGCUUAUGCCUAUUCCCUAGAUCAAAACACACCAGAAACAAAGAAUUUUAUUGACGAAGCAAGACAAAAGAUUAACAGAACAGAGGGUAUGGAAUCUUUCAUCAUAGUUAAUGGAACUAAAGCCAUAGAAAUAGAAACCGUUGCUUACGCUGUGCUAACUACACUUGGCAUAGGAGGAACUGCUUCGGAAGCCUUACCUUACGUUAGAUAUCUUACGACAAACUUAAAUCCUAAUGGUGGCUUCUCUUCAACACAGGACACGUGCAUAGGAUUGAAAGCUUUAGCAGAAUUCGCCAAAGGGGUGUACAAAGACCCCCUUGAUCUUUCUGUGACAGUGAGCGGAGGAUUAGUGAAAAAUAUCAAAAUAUCGGAUGAUAACAAACUUUUAGUGCAGAGGUUUAAAGUGGAUGACAUAUCGACCACCAUUAAUAUUAACGCUGAAGGUACAGGAUGUGGACUUAUUCAGACUGAUCUAAGAUACAACACCAGAGUUGCGCCCGAGAAGAAAAAGUUCUCAUUGGGUGUAAUGGGACAAUGCUCUGAUUCAAAAUGUAAUACUGCUACCAUUGAAGUUCUGACUAGUUAUUUACCAGAGGGCCAAGUAGCAGGAAUGAGCAUCGUAGAAGUGAAGCUUGUCACAGGAUUUUCACCAGUAAAACAAAGUCUUGAAAAUCUGAAGUCUGAUAAAAAGAAUAACAUAUUGCGAGUAGAUGUACAGGAUAACACAGUCAUCAUCUACUUUUCUGAAAUAUCAAAUAAAGUUGAAAAGAUUUCUUUUGAUGUUAAUCAAGUUGUUGAAGUGAAAAAUGCUCAACCUGGUACAGCAAAAGUCUAUGAUUACUACGCAAACGAAAAUUCUGCUUCGACCAGCUACACAAUUACUACUGAAAGCAAUGAAGCAUAGAAAGAAAUUAUUAAAAAGAUUAACAUCUUUAAAGUCAUUAUAUUAAGCUAAAUAUGAUUGUAUAUUUUAAAUUGUAAAAAUAUAUUUUAUAUGCAAUAAAAAAAAUUUUAUUCAAAUA